CCGCGUUGUAUUUCGCGUAGUAGUGCAGUUGUUGUGUUGUGGUGUUGCUCUUGUCUCCGCCUUGUCACGAGCCCACGAUUCCAUUUCUUUCUUUCUAAUCCCUACCCAGCACCCCCUCUCUGUCUCUCUCUCUCUCUCUCUCUGAAUCCUCCUGUACAGAAGCCAACAAGACUGAGAAAUAAUAAAAGGGAUAUGUCACCGUCACAGUCACCCUCACCCUCAUCCUCACCCUCUCCGUAUUGAUUCUCAAACCACCAUCCUCCUCUUCGUUGAACCAUUCGUUUACCCUCCCGACCCAAGCAACCUUCCUUUCUUUCUUCUUCUUCUUCUUCUUCUUCUUCUUCGCCUCAUCAAAUUCAUCAUUUUCACUAAGCCCUAAGCCCAUUCUCUUUUUGAAACUCAUCCUACUUUAGCCGAGAACCGGUAAUUAUGAGUCAACUCUUUAGGUCCAAGUCUUGUGGACUUAGAGGGAUAUCAGCGCUGGACUCCACUUCAACAAGCCCUUCAUUAUAUCUGACUGACGACGAAAGCGAAGACGACCAAGUGGAAGAUUAUGACGAUGACGACGACGAUGGCGAUGAAUACUUCGCUAAUCCAAUAUCGACUCCUCUGAUAGUUCCUCCUGAGGGGAGAGAGGGGGUCCCCAGAGAUGAGCGUCCCCAUUUUCCCAUUCUGGAAGUUCUCCUAGCGGCGUUGAGGAGGUCGUUGGUGACAUGCAGCGUGGAGAGGGAGGACAUCUGUUCUAUGGAUAUUAGCUGGCCCACCGAUGUCAGGCAUAUCUCCCACGUUACCUUCGACCGCUAUAACGGCUUUCUCGGUUUGCCUGUUGAGCUCCAGCCUGACGUUCCUGCCAGAGUCCCCAGUGCCAGUGCAAGUGUGUUUGGAGUUUCAGCUGAGUCAAUGCAAUGUUCUCAUGACCAGAGGGGGAACAGUGUCCCAACCGUUCUCCUCAUGAUGCAAAGGCAAUUAUAUUCAGGAAAUGGCCUUCAAGCAGAAGGAAUAUUCCGAAUCAAUGCUGAAAAUAGCCAGGAAGUGUUCGUUCGCAACCAGCUAAACAAGGGUAUUGUACCACAUGGAAUUGAUGUGCAUUGUCUGGCAGGUUUGAUAAAGGCUUGGUUUAGAGAACUUCCUAGAGGGGUGCUAGACUCCCUUACACCAGAGCAGGUGAUGCACUGCAACACAGAAGAAGAGUGCGUUCAACUUGCAAGACUACUGCCACCAACAGAGGCUGCAUUGCUUGAUUGGGCCAUCAAUCUGAUGUCAGAUGUGGUACAGCACGAACAUCACAAUAAGAUGAAUGCCCGCAAUAUUGCAAUGGUCUUCGCACCCAACAUGACUCAGAUGGCAGAUCCCUUGACUGCACUUGUCCACGCGGUACAAGUUAUGAACUUUCUCAAGACACUGAUCAUAAAAACCCUUAGAGAAAGAGAAGAAUCAGUUGCUGAAGCUAUGUUGCUCUCUUCAGGUUCAGAAUCUCCAGGCAACAAGAAUGGCCCCCCAUCACCAAAAUUGAACAGGGAAAUUGGUGCAGGGCCGUGUGAGCAAACAACAAAUGUGUAUGUUGCUGAUGGACACGUCAUCUUAGGAAAUUAUAUAAGAAGUCCAGCUGAAUACAGAUUUGAAAAUGAUAGUGGAGAGAGUUUUUGGAGCUUUCACAGGAAGCCUGAGGUUGAUGAACAACGGAAUUCAACUUCUAGGAAUGGUACACAUGCUAUAUGUGACACGGGCUCUGAAGAGAAUGAGUGCCUAGGUGGGGAUACAGAACGGUUCUUGGACAGGCUGAGUUUAAGAAAGGGAGUGAAGAAACUUUGCAGGCACCCUGUGUUUCAAUUCAGUAAACCAGUCAAGAAAUCUGGAGGCCUUGGUGGUGUAGAUACCAGAGGUGGGGAAGCCUGGGAAUGACGGUAGAUGAUGGAUUUAGGCUUGUAAUUGUGUAUUUGUUGGUAAAAUUCUGAUGUUUCUGAAAGAUGGAAUUUGUUAGAUUGUAGUUGUUUUGGGUAAAACCCUUGUUAAGAAAAUACAUUAAUUGCUGAUGCUGAAGCCUGAA